UCACUGACAUCACAGCUCCUACUAUAAGGAGUUCCUGUGCAGGAUGCUCAAACUCAACAGUAACAACAGUUAAUACCUGCCACGAAGGAGUUAUUAUAGUUCUCAUUUUACAGAGGAGAAAACGAGGUGCAGAAAGGUUAGGUGAUCUACCUAAGCUAGUGAGAGGCUGCAGAACAAAUGCUCUGCCUACUGAUAAUAAACAUCACUAUUGUGGGUGCUGACUGCAUGCCAGGUACUGUCCCCUCACAACACCCAGUGAGGUGGGUACCAGCCUUAUCUGCAUUUUACAACUGAGGAAACUGAGGCAGAGAGGGAUGAGGGGUGAGCUGACAAGCAGUGGAUGUGGGACUCAGACCAGGGUCUCUCACCUGUGGGAUGCUUGCUGCCUCAGGCUCAUUGCUUCUGGUGCCUCCCACCCCAGGUCCUGACCCCCUCCCCAGAGGCUGGACACAGAGCUGCCACCUCGAGCUCUGGCCGCCGUGGCCUCCUCUGGCGUCUACGAGACAAGCAGUCUCGCUUAGGCCUGUUUGAGAUUGGCCCAGGGCAUGAGCUGCACCAGCUGACGUGUAUGAUGCAGGCAGGGCUGUGGGCUGCCACUCAAGUGUCCAUGGACCACCCGCCCACGGGGCUGCCCACGGAGGAGGAUUUCUCCGAGGUCCUGACCCAGGUUCACGAGGGCUUCGAGCUGGGCACCCUGGCUGGCCCCGCCUUCGCCCGACUGCGGCGCUCCCUAGGGCUGGCAGAGGAGGACUAUCAGGCUGCGCUGGGUCCCGGCGGCCCCUACCUGCAGUUCCUCAGCACCUCCAAGAGCAAGGCCAGCUUUUUCCUGUCCCACGACCAGCGCUUCUUCCUGAAGACCUUGCGGCGCCGGGAGGUGCGGGCGCUGCUCGCCCACCUGCCCCGCUACGUGCAGCACCUGCAGCGGCACCCACACUCGCUGCUUGCGCGGUUGCUGGGAGUGCACAGUCUGCGGGUGGCCCGGGGAAAGAAGAAAUACUUCAUCAUCAUGCAGAGCGUCUUCUAUCCCACCAGCCGCAUCUCCGAGAGGUAUGACAUCAAGGGCUGCGAGGUGAGCCGCUGGGUGGAGCCCGCCCCUGAGGGCAGCCCCCUUGUCCUGGUGCUGAAAGACCUCAACUUUCAGGGCAAGACCAUCAACCUGGGGCCCCAGCGGAGCUGGCUCCUCCGCCAGAUGGAACUGGACACCGCCUUCCUCCGGGAGCUCAACGUGCUGGAUUACAGCCUCCUGAUGGCCUUUCAGCGUCUCCAUGAGGAUGAGCAGGGCACAGACAGUGGCCUCAUCUUCCGCACAGCCAGGUCUAUGAGAGGGGUACAGAGCCUGGAGGAGCCGGAAGCCCAGAACCGCCGGCUGCUGCCCGACACCCCCAACGCCCUACACAUCCUGGACGGGCCAGAGCAACGCUAUUUCCUGGGCCUCGUGGACCUCGCCACAGUCUACGGGCUCCGCAAGCGGCUGGAGCACCUGUGGAAGACGCUGCGCUACCCAGGCCGGACCUUCUCCACCGUCAGCCCAACUCGCUACGCCCGUCGCCUCUGCCAGUGGGUGGAGGCGCACACCGAGUGACAGGCGCCCAGCCGCGCUCUCCCCACCUGGACAAUGGUCGCCCGCUGGGGACGCGGGUUCCAGCUUGGCCCGGGCAGCGGGUCGGGCUCUCCUCGCCUGUUGUUCCUCCUAUUGGCCUCCAGAGGGCAGCAUCCCCUAAUUAAUAUUAUGAACUCAUUUUGCUGGGGAUGCUGUGCCUGGCAUUGUAUCAGGGACUCCCUUACAUUAUUAGCUCAUUUAAUCCUCAAAAAAAAAAAAUGCUAUUAUUCUUUUUUUUUACAGACCAUGAAAUGAACGCUCAGGGGGUGAAGGGACUGAGCUAGAUCAUUCAGCAAUAAAUGCUGGAACCAGGA